AUGGUUUUACCUAAAUCUAUCCUUGCGCUUUUGCCUCUCCUCGUUUUCCUCGGUACUACUACCGCUGCUCCUGUCAAGGUGAAUGACCAAAACCUGAAGGUUCGCCAGAGACCGCCUACGUAUCGGAUUUCCCGCCGCAAUCUAUAUGCCAACGCUCUCGUCGCUAAAGCUCCUGUCGAACAGCUACGAAGCCAAGAACAUGCCGACCAAGACGACCCUAGUAUCCAAGGUCUCGUCAUGAGGAAAUUGGAAAAGCCUAACGUGCAUAUCGAACGCAACACCGCCUCUGAAAAUGAUGGAGACGACGUAGUUGAUCUCUUCAAACGAUCUGACGUACUCGACGAAGUACUUCCCGAACUCGACGAUGCUCCCUUCGACUUCCUUGCGAGGGAUGAUGGCACGAGCGCAUUGUACCGCAGAUCCGCAGAUGUGGCUAGUGCUCUGAAACGUCGUAAAAUCAUUUUUCCUGAUCAUGUCGAACGUGUUUUGGACCCCGUCAAGUUCGAAGUCGAUCGACAGAAAUCUGAUACGAUCAACGCCCGCAAUCUCGGAUCCGAACAGUCUUCCGACAACCCCAUGAUUGCGAGAGACGGAGACAUUGUGUAUGCCUACAAACGUUCUAUUCAACUCGAUGAAGUCAAGCUUGAUGAUGACUUACGCCCUUUAUCUUCUUUCUAUAAGCGAUCAUCCGAAGACGACCCCGAUACAGAUCUCCUUAUCGUCGGUCUGAAGAAAAGUGAGAUCCCCACUACUCUCGAAGAAGACGAGUUGGUUGUUCCCUUGUAUGCGAAACGCUCUGGGGAGGUAGUCGCGAAUGAGGAGCAGAACGACGACAUCUUCUUCUUCGCACGUUAUCCUCCUGGUGUAUACGACAAAAGGGACUUUCAGAUGCGGGAGGAAGAUACCGUGUUCGCCGGUUUGAAGAGGGCUUCUUCCGCCGAAGUGGAUGCGAAUUAUUCCGAGCAAGUCUCCGAAGACUACGUUCAACAAAUUCUUCACUACCAUGCGAGAAGCACGGCUGUGGACACGUUGAGCGUGACUCCGACCAUACCAACAUUCCAGAUUUGCUUUACACAACCCCAUCCAACUCGCAAGGGAGAAGUGGGGACAGUCUUUAAACGUGUGUCUAACAAUGAAGAUGUGGAAGAUACCGCUUUACCUCUUACGACCGACGUCGAGGACAAUAUCAUCCCCUGGAACGUCCCUAUGCUCCACUCAUCCGCCGACGAGAACGAAGCGACGAAUGUCAAACGUCUGUACAUCCCGCUCAGGUACGAACACGAGCCUACUCAGGACGACGUGGAGCAGCUCGGGAAACGAUCAAAGGUCGAAAGCUUCCCGUUUCCACUGCUUGACUCGGCUGGACAGAAGACGAAGAGGGACGAAGCUUCGAUCGAUUCCAUCAACUUCAAGGCGAAAGCCAAACGCAGCAUCCCCAAUGGCGAGCUCGGAUCCUUCAACUACUGA